AGCUCCCCUACCCGUCUUCAACGAAUCAAAAUGGCCGAGUUUUCGCAUCCAGAAAUUGGCAAGAUCAAGGGUAUUCGUGAUGGGAAAGUUCUCUCCUUCAGAGGCUUGAAGUAUGCUUCGCUAGAACAUGGAUUCAGCGACCCAAUGCCUUUGUUAAACAAGGCGCAUGGUGUUGUCGAUGCUAGGACACAUGGGCCAACAGCUAUCAGUCCCCCUAUGGGAUGUGACAUGGAGCUAGGUUUGAUCCAGAAGAGUCUCCCUCAUGAUUCGUUCAAAAUGUCGGAUACGGAAUGUUUGAACCUGAAUCUCUGCAUACCCGCGGAGCAGCCGUCGACACCUAUCCCGGUAUUCGUAUUCUUCCACGGAGGAGGGUUCAUGAUUGGUUCCAACGCUUGGCCACAGUACGAUUUGGCUCGUAUUGUUGCACUUGGGGAGGAAAUAAACCAGCCGGUGAUUGGGAUUCAAAUCAACUAUCGACUUGGGGUCCACGGGUUCCUUUACUCAGAGGCGAUGGGAAAGGCUGGCAUCAAGCCGAACCGUGGGUUGUUAGACCAGCGAGCUGCCUUGACGUGGAUAACGGAGAAUAUUGCGGGUUUUGGGGGAGAUCCCAACAAGAUAACUGUCUGUGGCGAAAGUGCUGGAGGAGUCUCUGCCAUGUUGCAUCUCCAGUCAAACGAACCUCUCUACACACAACUUGUGGCCAUGGGCGGCAACUCUUUGGUGUUGAAUCCAAUCCCGCUUGAAGUCGCUGAGGCUACAUACAAUACUGUUCUCUCGACACUCAAGAUCGAUCCUGCUUCGUCAUCUGAAGCGCAGCUCUGUUCCAUUCUAAAGCUAUCGCCGGAGUCGUGGUUGCAGGCGAUCGGCCCAAACGUGCCAAUGCUCCCUGUUGUGGUUGGCGAAAUUGUUCGGCACUUUCCAACUUACGCCCAAUGGCAUCAAACAGAAGAUGAGGCUAAUCUCCCUGGACGGGCUUGGUGUCGUCGCAUCAUGAUCGGCGAUUGUCAAUUUGACGGGAGCAUCUUGGCUUAUGCCCUUAUGGGCAAAAAGGCCGGCAUCUCAACGUCAUUCCGAAAUUCAUUCUUGUCGAGCUUGAAUGGAAACCAAAACCUCGUGCAGGCAAUCUGCACUGCGUACAACAUCACCGACCAGAUCAGUGACGAUGAAGCUCUGUCCAACAUCCUCAAAUUUGUUACUGAUUUGCGCUUCUACGCAUCUGCUCUAACAAUUUCCCAAGGAUGGCCAGGUUCGGCCUAUGUCUACCAUUUCAAUGAACCCAAUCCAUGGGAUGGGCCUUGGAAGGGGGAGUCCACCCACAUACUGGACGUGGCGUUCCUCUUUCAGAACUUCAACCAGCAUCUUGAGCCACGCCAGCGGGAGUCGGCACGAAAAUUUGCCACCGACUUCAUCACAUUCGUCGCUGGAGAAGAACCGUAUGCAGCAUACGACUCACAGGAGGGAGGUGCUCAAGUUUACGGUCCUCCGUGCGAGAACGGACCGCGCUUCAUUCUUGGCAAAGACCCUGAAAAUUACCUGCGCCGCAAGCAUGUAUGGGAUAUUGCGACGGAAGCUGACUUGGACACCUUGUCUAGAGCAUUUGACAAAUUCAUUGCUAGUUAGAAUAUCAGAAUUAGGUCAUGGAUGAGCAGUCUUAGCCCUACGACAA